CUAGAUAUCAGAAUACUUCCAACUUCAAAUCACAAGGAAAUGCUAAAAACAAGCCAACAUAUGUCUCAGACAUACCAAAGUUAGAUUUUACUGCUCAGCGUGCUCUAUCCUCAUAGACACCAUUGGAGAUUUGUUGGAGAUGGUCACACGAGUGUCUCUUGAGCAUCUCCAAACAUUCAAUUCGUCUUUAGGGUUUCCUGUAUCUGCUCCAUAUUUAUAAGGGUAAGUCACAACAAAUAUCUCAUUGAUGAACAGCAUCGAGCUCCCACUCACACCACAACCAUCAGGAAGUUCCUUACCCAAGCACGAGGCGUUUCCAGAGCAAUCCCCAGGUCGUCCAAUCAACAACACACGGUAUCCAAGAUCACUUACCACGACCCAUCUGAGCAAUUGAUAUCCAAUUCAGGAGUUGAAGCUUAAUCUCGAUCAUCCUAAAGUAAAUGGUGAAACCACGGUUUCAAACGCUGUUACAGAAGUACCUGCGGUAAUGGGUGAGAAUAUCAGAUUCAGGAGAGGUUUCUUGCUGUCAAAACCUUCGGCAGGUGUGCUCUCUGCAUAUCUCCACACGUGUCCCCAACCAGGGUUGGGCCGUAUAGCUGGGAGUGAAAGUACUCAACUAGAGACUGUUCAGCGUGUAGGCUCAGAAAUAGCCAUGCAUGUUGUAGCAGCAAAGCCUUUAUUUUUAAGCAAAGACCUUGUUUCUUCAGAAGCAUUAGCAAAUGAACGAGAGAUUCUAAAGUCUCAGGCAGGAAGUACAGGCAACUCUCAGAUGGCUGUAGAGAAAAUAGUGGAAGGCCGUCUCCGGCCAUUACUUUUCACACUGGUGGAUAAUUUGUCAGAGGAAGUGGGUUCUCCUGUGAAGGUAGCCAAUUUUCUGAGAGUUGAGGUUGGGGAAGGAAUCGAAAGGCUCGAAGCAUCUGGUGAACCGGUUGCUCAAUGUGGGCAUGGUGUUUAGCUUUGGAGACUUUUUUUUUCCUUUUUGGGUCAUUAAAGUUCGAACACAGAUCACUCAUCUUGUGGUUUCUGUGCUGUCAUGAGAUUUAUAGAGUGUUGGCCUUUCCUUUUCUCAUAUUUUGUUAUUAAGAAAAUGUGAGUCUGCCCACACAGUAAGAUCAGUCUUGUGAUUGUGCACAUUGCUUCGACAUUGGGAAGCUGUGUGACCAAACCAUGUCUUGUUUAGUCUCUUACAAAAAGCUUACUUCCUGUCCACUUUUACCUUAUGGAUUGUGCUUGUAAGUUGUGACUAGGCUUUAGAGCAUCACGCAAAACAAAUACAUACUCUUCAAGGAAAAUUCUACCAUAAUAUAGAUGAGUCAUACAUGCACCCAAAUAAGAGACUCCAAGGUAUAUCUAUUUUAUAAAAUGAGAGAUGUUAUGGUGUACAAGCAUAGAAUAUAGAUAAUAGCUACUUUCUAGUUUCUAAUCACGAUAUAUAUUGCUAACACCAUAAGCACAAAAUAUAAAUAUGUGUCAAUAUCAAAAAUAAAAUCAACUGUUUAUUAGCAAUAAGUUUCUACAAAAUGACAGAGAAAAUCAAAGAUGAUAAUAUUGUCAAUAUAGUCUCAUCAAGAAAAAUAUCGUCAAUAUUAUCAUAUCACAAAAUUCUGUUGGAGGUAGGCAAGUUAAGUAAGCAAGAAGCUAGUAAAGAGUCACAAAAACAAAAUAUAAGGAACCAAGUAAGCAAAUAGACACCCAAAAAAGAACAA